AUGAAUCAAGAAUAUCCACUUGUGGAAACUAAGUUAAAUGGAACAAAAUCAUCUUCAAUUAUUGAACAUCAGUUAAAAUCAAAUCCAAAUAAAGUGAAACAAAUUUUCAAUUUUUUACACAAACGAUCGGGUAUAUGGUAUUGGAUAAGUGCAAAUUUUAUAUUUGCAUGUUGUACAUUCGUAUUAAAAUUAAUUCCAGCCGAUAUGUUUGACAUAAUGAUUAUGCGAUUUCUUGUGCAAACAAUCGUCUUUGGUGCUUUUGCCAUGUAUAAAAAAUAUAAAAUACUUGGUGAAAAAAGUCAAAGUCGUGCAAUUGUUAUAAUGACAUCGACAUCGAGUUUAACUAAUUUAUGUUAUAUUAGUGCAUAUUAUUUUCUACCAUUAUCAGACUUGAAUACACUACGUUACACAUAUAUUGUAUGGACAGCCUGUCUGGCUGUGAUUUUUCUCAAAGAAAAAUUUACCAAAUUCAAUGCUAUUUCACUUGUUCUAACUUUUACUGGACUUAUAUUAACAGCUAAACCAAAAUAUUUAUUUGUCAGAUUAUUAAAUUUAUUGAAAGAGACCAGUUUAAAUGAAACAUGUUCAUUAUUUUCAUAUAGCUGUAUUAAUCUAUCAUCCAUUAAUAGUUCAAUGAUAACAACAACUGAAUCAACAUCUAAUUAUUAUUACUUAGGUGUUGCUUUAGCAUCCAUUUGUGCACUAACAAAAUCUGCACAAUUCAUUGCACGAAAAAAAUUAAUAUCAACAAAAAUGCCAUUUUCUGUAAUGAAUUUUCAAUUUACAUUUGUUGCAUUACUUGUCUCAAUUUCUUAUAGUCUGAUAAGACGUUUAUUCAAACCGGAACCCUAUCCUUAUAAAUGGAUGUUAACCGUAGGCUUAGCAAUUGGUUUUAUUCAAUUAAUAACGAAUACGUUCUAUGCUAAAGCGAUAAAACGAGAAAAUCUUCAAUUACUGACUAUAUUAGGAGCAUUAGAUAUACUAUACGCUGUCUUCUUACAAUAUAUCUUCUUACGAAUAACAAUUACUUAUCUAUUUUCUAUAGGCGCAUUAUUGAUAGUCACUAGUGCUGUUAUUCUUUCUGUUCACAAUAUGGUAGUGGCAGCGAAAAAAGAAAAAGAGAACAUGCAAAAUGUCAACAAUGACAAUUUAUAG